UCUCUAAAAAAUCACUUUAGAGUUCAUACUGGAGAGAAAUCAUAUCAAUGUUCAGAGUGUCUGAAGACCUUUGCACAGAAAUCAUCUCUAAAAAAUCACUUUAGAGUUCAUACUGGAGAGAAACCAUAUCAGUGUUCAGAUUGUCUGAAGACCUUUAAAGAAAAAUUCUCUCUGACAAAACACUUCAGAGUUCAUACGGGAGAGAAACCAUAUCAGUGUUCAGAGUGUCUGAAGGCAUUUCCACAAAAACAACAACUAAUUAAGCACCUGAGACAUCAUACUGGAGAAAACCCAUAUCAGUGUUCAGUGUGUCAGAAGAGCUUUACAGAAAAAAAAUCUCUAACAAAACACCUGAGAAUUCAUAUUGGAGAGAAACCAUAUCAGUGUUCAGAGUGUCUUAAGACCUUUACAGAAAAAGCAUAUCUAAUUAAUCAUCUGAGAGUUCAUGCUGGAGAGAAACCAUAUCAGUGUUCAGAGUGUUUGAAGGCUUUUACAAAAAAGGCACAUCUAACUAAGCACCUGAGAAUUCAUGCUGGAGAGAAGCCAUAUCAGUGUUCAGAGUGUCUGAAGGCCUUUACAGAAAAAGCAGCUCUAAUUAAGCACCUGAGAGCUCAUACUGGAGAGAAGCCAUUUAAAUGCUCAGAGUGUCCUAAGUCUUUUACAGAAAAACAAUAUCUAAGUAGGCACCUGAGAAUUCAUUCUGGAGAGAAACGAUAUCAGUGUUCAGAGUGUCUGAAGACCUUUACAGAGAAAGGACAUUUAAUUAGACACCUGAGAGUUCAUACUGGAGAGAAACCAUAUCAGUGUUCAGAGUGUCUGAAGACCUUUACAGAAAAAGCAUCUCUAACAAAUCACUUGAGCCUUCAUUCUGGAGAGAAACCACAUCAGUGUUCAGAGUGUCUGAAGGCCUUCACACAAAAAAAACAAUUAAUUCAGCACCUGAGAGUUCAUAGUGGAAAGAAACCACAUCAGUGUUCAGAGUGUCUGAAGGUCUUUACGCAAAAAAACCGU